AACUCCGCAGAAUCAGCAGUCAUCUCCUGUACUGUCCGCAGUCUCUGGUCAUCUCCUGUACUAUGUCUGCAGUCUCUGGUCAUCUCCUGUACUGUGUCCGCAGUCUCUGGUCAUCUCCUGUACUAUGUCUGCAGUCUCUGGUCAUCUCCUGUACUGUGUCUGCAGUCUCUGGUCAUCUCCUGUACUGUGUCCGCAGUCUCUGGUCAUCUCCUGUACUAUGUACGCAGUCUCUGGUCAUCUCCUGUACUAUGUACGCAGUCUCUGGUCAUCUCCUGUACUGUGUCCGCAGUCUCUGGUCAUCUCCUGUACUGUGUCCGCAGUCUCUGGUCAUCUCCUGUACUAUGUACGCAGUCUCUGGUCAUCUCCUGUACUGUGUCUGCAGUCUCUGGUCAUCUCCU